AUGUGCCGUCGGGGGGAUCACUAAUCACAAACACCGUCGGGGGGAUCACUAAUUUCGCUUAAGUUUCCUGAACCUUGUUGCUCCCGAUGAAUUAUAAUGCGUACGAAAACAAACUGUAUGCCGUAUCGCAACCGAUACAAGCGAAUUUGGGUUAUUUUUCUCCGCCGAACACCACCAGCGCAACGCUUCCCAAAGAAGCCAACCCUCUUAUAAAGCAAGAGCAGCCGUUGAUAACAGCUGGUAGUUUCGAAGGGAGUAUUACGCCGCCCGUAAACUACAGUCAAAGUCAGCAUUAUACCGAGGGAAAUGGAACGACGAACACAGCAAAACCGUUAUACUAUAGGAAACAUCUAGACUUGCAGUUAAUGUCAAAUGCAUAUGUGCAUCACCACCCGCAACAACAGUUCAUAUCAUCUCACCUUCAACAACAUGAGCAUCAACAGCUGCAACAGCACGUACACCCGCAUCCGCAGGUGCUGCAGCUAGGUGAAUUACGCGUGCACAACCUUCAACAAUCUCCGGCGCCGCAGUUAACAGCAAACCACUUUACACCUGCCUCUCCAGCACAACCGAUACCGAUGCCACAAUCGACACAGAUUUCCCCUUCGAUUGGGUCUCAAAAUCCUGGCUACAACUGUGGCACUUGCUCGAAAUCAUUUUCAACCAAGCUAAGGCUGUCUAAACAUCUCAAAACGCACAUUUCUGAUUACCCGGAUGCAGUAUUCAAAUGCCGCAUGUGUGAAAAAAAAUUUCGCACGAAAAGUACGCUCAUUUGUCACGAAAAAGUACAUGGCGAAAAUGGCAUCGACAAUCGGUUUUCGUGUGCCGAGUGCGGCAAGAUCUUCGGCACGGGCGAGAAGCUGCAGGUGCAUCGACGGUUGCAUACGGGGGAAAAACCCUACCAAUGCAAGGUAUGUAUGAAACACUUUAACCACCAAUCGAAUCUGAUCGUUCACGCUCGCAUACAUGAAAAGGUGAAAAAGGCACUGAAGUGUGAAAGGUGCAGCAAAGUAUUGGACAACGAGGAACGAUUGGUCAUUCAUAUGCGGCUGCACACGGGCGAAAAACCGUAUAAAUGCUCGUACUGCGAUAAACGUUUCAAUCACAAAAGCACAGUAAGCACACACGAAAAGGCGGCGCACAUUGCAGCCAAUUCGUUUCAGUGCAACCGGUGCCACAAGACAUUCAAUCAAAAGUGUCAGCUCCAAUACCACGAAAAGCUUCAGGAGGAACACAUGAUUGGCUGUGCGAUGUGCGAAAAAGUAUUUUGCUACAAGGCGAGCCAUAAGGAGCACAUGUUUAAAGUGCAUUUUCCGCGCCAAAAGAAAGAGCAGAAAACCAUGAGCGAACCAGUUAUAAACGGUGGGAAAGGUAGCGCCCCGGGAAGGAACAAGUACAAAUGCACAGUUUGCGAUCGAAGAUUCUACUAUGCGCGAGCACUGGAUGUGCAUAUGGGAGUGCACGAUUCAUCGUUAGACGUGAACGUGCUGUACUUUUCCUGCAACUAUUGUCCCGAAACAUUCAUCGACGACGAUCUGUUACGGAAGCAUGAGUCGGAGCAUAUUGCCAACUGCACCGCCAUUUUUCUGCCUAACAUUGGGCGGGGAGUGGACGAAGAAGAUGAAUCAGGGAUGAAUGGUCGGUGUGAGGAAAGAGAUUUUUUCUGUCCUUUGUGUUUCAAGCAGUUCGACGACCAGAAAACGUUAAGUGAUCAUCACAAGACUCAUCUCUGCUCAAAUGCAGAUUGCACCAAGUGUGGUCCGGCACUCCGAAAUGAGCUUAACUUUGCAAUCCGCACAUACGAUGGUGUGGAGGAUAAACGCGAAACGGUUUGCAACGUCUGCCAACGAGUGCUACCCACAUUCGAACAAUUCCAGAAUCACUUUCACUACCAUACAUCACGUGUCCCAUUCUAUUGUUACCACUGCCGGGUGGAAUUUAACGACAAACGGGAGUUAUACACACACGCUAAGGCGCAUCUACCACGUGUGUCGCAGUCCUACACGUGCAAAAUCUGUUCAAAAGUGUUCUCGACGAAAGGAAACUUUAAGCGACAUUUGAAAUCACAUGAAACUGUUCGUGCAUUUGCCUGUGACCGUUGCUUUAAGCAGUAUGACUAUAAAAGUGCACUAGAAGCACAUUUGAAACGAUCACAUGGUAUCGCGUUGUAGACCGGCAGACGUUUGGUAGAAGAUAUAUGCCUACAGUUUAAGCCAGUAGUCUCAAACUCAUAUUAGCAUGUGGGCCGCAGUGGAAAGUAACAGCCAGUCAGCGGGCCGCAGUGGAAAGCAACAGCUAGUCCACGGCCGCACCAUAUAGAGAAAAGGUUUUUUCAUUCAAUGUUACGCACUUUGAUUUGGUUUGGAUUUGAAAUAAGUCGUAUCGGUCACUUCUGUGCCGGCAGCUGAACCGACAAGAACCGAGGUUGUUGGCGCGGGGCCAACAACCCCACCCGUAAAAACGAACUGUUACGGAUAGCACAAGAGAUAUCAACAAUGUGGUGCACAGACUGACAGACUAGACUGCACAGUGGUUGUAGCGUCAAUGAAGAAAAAGAAGAAACCCGAGGGUGAACACUGUUCGCAAAUGCUUUGUUUACAAACAGAACAUAAUGUAAGUUUUUAUGCUGGAAGUUCUUUGCAAAAAAAAACUUAGUUCUUAGCAACAAAAUCUAAAAAAACAAAAAAAUAUUCAGAAAUCAACUUCCCUCUUCGAUUUCUAUUUUCUCAGACCAAAAACACGAAUAUAAAAACGUUUGACAUUUCGGUAUAAACUUUUUCAUAUUUUAAGUCUGCCACACGAAGCGCAAACGGCUUGACAUAAUAUUUUGCUUUUACGCUAGGUUUUACGUUUCGUGUGGCCCUAGCUUUAGAAUAAACAGAGUCGUGUAACCUACAUACAAAAAAAAAAUACAUUUCAUACAUGUAUGAAAGUUGUCGACUACAAAAACCGGACAGGAUUCUCUAAAGUAGUGUUUUAGGAAUAGUAAAGCAAUGAAAAACAAAACCUUUGUAAGAGCUUUUUAGUUUUCUUAUAAUAUCAUUAAAUUCCUACAAACCAUAUGUACAUUGUUUAAGUCCAUAAAUAGUAAUAAAUACCUUAUGGAAUGUAAUAAUACGUUUAAAUUGUGUAAUUUAUGUAUACAAAAUGCAAAGUUCGACUGUCCUUUUCGAACUGAAUGUGGUGCUAUCUAAAAUUCAGCUCUUGUUAUCGUUUUCAAAUGCAUGCAUGAUUUGCUCUAUGCUUUGACCACGCGUUUCGGGAAUAAAGAUCGCAUUGAACAGACCGGCCGAAAGGCACACGGCGCUAA